AUGUUGUUACAACAAGCUCAUGUGGAUGCUGUUAAUAUCCUGGGUGAGGCGUUCGCUGCUGAGAAACACUUUGAUUUUGGUCAGCAAUCAACAACGAAACGAAUCAGUCAUUUAAUCCCUGUUAUGCUUGAGCAUCGAUUAACUCCACCACCAGAAGAAAGUUAUUCCCUGCAUCGGAAAAUGUCUGGCUGUUUUCUACUAUGCAGUAAACUUAAAGCUAAAGUUAACUGUCGGCCAUUAUUUUAUGAUAUAUGGAAUAAUUAUCAAUUCUCUGAUGACCACAACACUUCUCCUCAGGUUAAGAAUCAAUGA